AUGUCGGAUUCUGGCUACAGCGAUGAAGCCAAGCUUAAGAAGCCUACCAACCGACAAUCACGGUCAUGUCGAGUUUGCCGUCUUCGCAAAGUCAAGUGCGAUCGAGUGAAGCCAUGCCACGCUUGUUGUGCCCAUGGGCAUCCGUCAAAGUGCGUGUACGAUUCAGUGCCUGGGGAGGAAGAAACACAGCCAAUUUCACAAGCCGAGGAGAUUCGGAAUUUGCGCAAUGAGAUCAAAGAGCUACGGACUCGAAUGAAUUCAAAGGGGGACCAACAAUCUCGAUCUCGGAAACUAGCUGAAUUGGAAAAGCUUUUUGAUGCUAUACGAUCAGCUCCAGCCGAAGUUGUUGAUGGUCUCGUUGGAAAUAUCCGUGCAGAUCGAUCAAGAAUACCUCUGGAAUACAAUGAGGAGACUCGUUUAAUCGCUACUUCAGAAAAGAGGCUUGUUAUGCGCUCUACUUCACCAUGGGGUUCAAACGGCGAAGACGAAGAAUACUCGUUUAAUAAGUGGAACUCGUCAAUCGCUAGCGACUCGCGCAGUAGUAGUAGUAGCGGAAGUAGCAGUGCUAGUAGCAUCAGCAUUGACGAAGAUUGGUGCGGGCCGCUUUCUCGAUUUACUUCAGCCAAACCGAUGGUAGAUGUGUUCGUCCAACGGUUUGUUGACGCCUUCAGCCCAGAGGUCGAUCUCCGCUCUGGACGUGCAGGGGCUAUCCGAGCCGCGGCCGAUAUUCGGAUGUUCUCACCCAUGAUAUCAAAUGCCUUUGAUGCUGUUUCACUAACCUUCUUUGGCCGAAGUGCACAAGAUCCUCGGGUUGAGGCCGCCGGCAUGAAACUUUAUCCAAAGGUUUUGCGGUCGUUACAGGAUGCCCUUUUGGACCCUGAACGGAGCCGGUCAGAAUCAACUCUCAUCACAGUUACCUUAUUAUUAGCCUUUGAAAGCAUUGAACGGACAUCAACCGAGGCCGUUGUUGCCCAUGUGAAAGGGGCGGCCCGGUUGAUACAACACCGAGGACCAGAAAACCAUGUCCAUGGAGUUGAACACCUAUUCUUUUGCGAACUUCGGCCAUACUGGGUUGGCGUUGACCUUGUUGAGCGCAAACCGAGUUUUAUGGCGGAAGAGGCAUGGAAAACUGUUCCCUGGUCUGAAGGAACGACAUCAAAAGACUUGUUACACUAUUUGCUCGACCUUGUUGUUGAUAUUCCGGGACUCCUGGGACAACACGACGAGCUUGUAGCUGCACAGGAAACCCAACAUCUCGGGAAAGGCGAACUUCGUGUGAAACAGGCAAAGCUGUGGAAUUCGAUAGCAGAUUUGACGUCUCGACUACUGCAAUGGAAAAGGGAUUAUGUCGACUGCUACCCCGGUGGUGGGCCAGUAGCGACAUCCGAACCGCAAGGCCCAGAUCCUUUCCCUGUCUUCCGUUGUUACGACCUGCGUACUAUGCAGGUAAUCGAACCACCACCGCUUGUUUACCCUGAUCUCAGGCUGUUACAAACAAUGUCCAUUUACUGCGCCAACAGGCUCAUCCUAUCCACGAUCGACAAUAGACUAGAAGGGGCUGUUACGAUAGUGGAAAAGUACCAGCUGGCGUGUGAUAUUGGGCGUAGUCUAGAGUGCUAUAUCCGUCGAGCACCUGGGAACAUGAUCAACCGCCUUGCUUUCCCUGUGCGAGUGGCAUGGGAAGCUUUCCCCGCUGGCGGCGUCGAGCGCGAGUUUAUGGUCCAGGUGUUUGAACUUGUUGAAAAGCGCCACGCCUUGCGUUUAUGGGGAAGCGCGAUGCCCGAGUUGAGCGUUCCUGGCUCCCCGCCUUGA